AUGGACAACAUCGACGACGAAUAUGAACGGCUUGUAGAAUGUCGUCACGACUGUACGAGGAAAGUGAAAAGUUUCAAAAGCACCAAGAGACGCUUGUUUCCGAAAACUCUAGAGCUGGUAGGUCAGCGUGGAGCAGCAAAAGCAGCAGGAAGAAGUGUUGGCAGAAGCUGCAGAGGCGAGACAGAGCAUUCGCUACGCUCAUCAGAACUUCGCCAAUCGUAA